AUGUCUAAUAGGUCUAGCGAUAUCUAAUAACCUUAUGCUUUAAACAGCAAAUCAUUCAGCCUUUUAAGAAGUGUUGGACAAUUUGCAAAUUCAAGUGAUUUCGGAAAUAAAUUAUUUGGAGAGCAUUAAGCAUUUAUUUAAAAGGGGCAACACUUUAGGAUUUGGAAGAACAUGUGGAAGAAUUAAGAAAACAUUUAGCUGACGAUUAGGCAGAAGAUGAAAAAUACUUAAAUGAAUAACAACAACCUCUCGAAUCUGGAUUAUAAGGUUUAGUCAAUGAAGUACAUGAAUUAAAGGAAGCAGGGCAGCUAAAAAAUAUCAGUUUUGAAUCAAUAAUAAUAAAUUAUUGAUAAUCUCUUCUCUUAAGAUUAAACAUCAUAUUAAAAAAGACUUGCCAAUUAAAAUGUAAAACUAGAAACAAUAUCUCUUUUGAUUGAGAGAGUACAUGCACUUUCAACCGAAGGUCAUAGUCUCAUUGAAAAGGAUAAUCUUCUUGAAGAAAUUAAAUAAAUGGGCAGAGGAAAACAUGUUGAAGUAUUGGCUCAAAUAACUCCUCAUUUAGAUACUGAAUAAGUGGAAAAGGUUUUAAAUCUUUUAGGCAGUCUUAACAAGGCAGUGCUUGCUAGUUUAGAAGCUGAUGAAGCCUAAGAACAAGAAAAUAUUAGAUUAUCACUGCACAUUACUAGCAAUUGGAUAAUCAUUUUGAAUAAAAAGAUUAUGAACUAAGAAGUUGGGCAAAAGUUGUAAGAUAGAAAUGAUUCGAUACAAUUCAUAUUGGAUAGAGUUAGGGAAGCUUAAUAAUUAUUAAAUGAUAAUUUGGAUAGAAUUGCCAGAUGGUCAUAAGAAUGA